AUGUCUAGCUCAUUUUUCGGUUCAAUCACAAGUGAGCAAAGAUGGACUGAUCAGUUGAAUGAGCAUUUCAUCAUAUACAUUGACAAUCAUGCUUCCAUCUUUCGUGUACCCAAAAAAGUAUGCGACACAAAGCCAGAAGCUUAUGCCCCUCAGCAGAUAGGCCUAGGAGCAUAUCAUCACUUGAGGCCUGAUCUUGAUGAAAUGGAGAUCAGAAAGCUUGAGGCUGUGAAGAAAUAUUUGAAGCCAGAACAGUGCCAGAAUUUCAAAAGCCUAAUUGUCGACAAGGUCAAAGUGCUUGAGCCCUCGGUGCGCACCUGCUACAGCAAGUACUUGGACAUUGAUGGCGGUACUUUGGCAUGGAUCAUGUCUAUUGACGGUGUAUAUUUGCUUCAUCGGCUGGGCACCUACACAGAUAAAGCAAGUGUUGAUUCGGCAGACAGGAAGUUAGCUCAGGACAUUGUCAUGUUGGAGAAUCAAAUGCCCGUGAUUGUACUGAAAGAAAUACUAAAGGCUUUACAACCUCCUGUGGAAGAUGAGGAGGAAGGUAGCGAUGAUGAUGAUGAUGCUGAGAACGAGGAUGAGGAAGGUGAAGAAGAUGAGGAGGAAGAAGAAGAUGACGGAGAGGAUGAGGACGAAGGUGAGGAGGAGGAAAUAAAAAAGGUCGAAGAGUUAUUUUCCCAGUUCUUGUCAUUUUGUAAAGCACACACUCCCCUUGGCCUAACUGAUAAGGCAGGAAUUCUUGGUGAUACCUCUAAUCCUCAUCUUCUGAGUUAUUUGUAUAAUUUGAUUGUGAAAAAUUGGUAUAUUGAAGAAGAGUAUGUUGAAUCUGCGAGUGACAGAGAAUUGGAUGAGGUUGCUGAGAAAGUUACACAGGUUGCGAGGGUUGCAGCUGAAUUGACGGGCCAGAAACCUCUAUUGUUGCUAGCAAGUUUACCACUGCAGAAAUUUGCGGCACUUUUCAAAAAAGAUCCAAGAAGAGGAAACUCUUCAAUUGAGGAGAUCCGAAUACCGUCUGUUUCGGAACUUGAUGGUGUUUCUAAAGUAAAGUUUGAAGUCUGGUCUGAUUCAGGUAUUGGAAUGAAGUAUGAUGAAGAGGGCCGCAUACUCUACCUCCCAGGAAUCACAUUGGACACUGAUUCAGAAGCAAUAUUACGAAACCUGGUUGCCUAUGAAGUUGCCACAGCUUCUCCAAAAUCAACCCUUAUACUUGCAGGAUAUGUGGAUUUCAUGUGCGGCAUUAUUGACACUGCUAAAGAUGUAGAUUUGCUCAAGGAAAAGGGAAUCAUAAUAAGCAAUCUCCCGAGUGAAGAAAUCGCAAAAAUCUUCAAUGGGAUAAGCAAAUCUAGUAGUCAGAAUCCUCUUCCCGAAUUGGAAGAGGCCACUCAGAAGUUGAACGCGAUAUAUGACAACACUUUCAGAGUCAAAGCUUGGAGAUUCAUAAGAGACCAUUUUGUUCCAUCUGAGGCCGCUGUCAAAAUCUUUCUUGCCAUAUUGCUUGUUGUGCUCCUCACAGUACAAGCAUUUUGCCAGGUUUAUGGCUGCAGUGCUCGUUGGUUUGGCAAGAUCAGUUCCAUUUCGUCAUUUUGA